ACGAGUUAUUAUUGUAGAUAAGUAGCGGCUUCACGUCAUAUUGAGCCGUGCGACUGACUUGCAAGAGUGCAAAGCUACGAAGAGACACUGAGAAAUGGGUAGGUGCCGAACAGCAGCGCGCUCUGGAGACGACGACCCUAACCAGAGAUCCAAGAGAAAAAAGGCUGCUUUAAAUGCUGAGAAUGUAGAAACUUCAUCAGCAGGCAUAGGAAUAACUGAUGGCAAGGUAUCAUUAUAUCACUGUAAUUACUGCAACAAAGAUAUUUCAGGGAAGAUUCGCAUCAAAUGUGUUGUGUGUCAAGAUUUUGAUCUCUGCAUAGAGUGCUUCUCUGUUGGUGCUGAAUUGACACCUCAUAAAAGCAAUCAUCCAUAUCGGGUUAUGGAUAAUCUAUCUUUUCCACUUAUAUGUCCAGAUUGGAGUGCGGAUGAAGAGAUGUUACUUCUUGAGGCCAUUGACAUGUAUGGAUUUGGGAAUUGGAAUGAAGUUGCAGACAAUGUUGGAACGAAAAGCAAAUCGCAGUGUAUUGAUCACUAUAAUGCUGAAUAUCUGAAUUCACCAUGUUUUCCUCUACCUGAUUUGUCUCAUGUUAUGGGAAAGAACAAAGAGGAACUCCUUGCCAUGGCUACAGGAUAUCAAGUCAAGAAAGAGUUUUCUCCAAAUGCAGAGCUGACUUUGAAAGAAGAACCUCUCUUUUCUAAUGGAAUAAACUCUGAAGAAUCUACGAAGGCAGCAACCACUAAUCAAACGACGUCUAGGCUAACCUCAGCAAGUGGUAAAGCACUUUCAAGUUCAAUCAAGAAGGCGGCUUCCAAUAAGAGUCAGAAUAAUGAUGGAGUUAAGGUGGAAGUUAAAGUGGAAGAACCUCAAGCAGGUCGGAGCAUUGGUGAAAAGAAGCCUAAAUUAUCUGGGGAAUAUAGGCCUUCUAUGAAAGCGUUGAGCGGAUACAAUUCUAAGAGAGGUGAAUUUGAUGUUGAAUACGACAAUGACGCUGAGCAAGUUUUAGCAGAAAUGGAGUUUAAAGACACUGAUACUGAAGCUGAACGUGAAACAAAACUGCAAGUGCUGCGUAUCUACUCAAAAAGGUUAGACGAACGCAAGCGCAGAAAAAAUUUUAUACUUGACAGGAAUUUACUUUGUCCUGAUCCUUUUGAGAAAUCGCUUUCACCCGAAGAGCUUAAAAUAUGUCAAAAGUACAAGGUCUUCAUGCGGUUUCACUCAAAAGAAGAACACGAGGAGUUGCUAAAAACUAUUAUUGAAGAACACCGGCUUGUCAAAAGAAUACAAGACUUGCAGGAAGCUCGAAUUUCUGGCUGUGUAACUGCUGCUGAUGCUUAUCAAUUUAUUGAACAAAAGAGUACAAAAGAAGCUGAACAAGGUGGUCAGAUUGGAACAAGUGGAAAGACUUUACAGAGGCCAAAUUUUCCCAAAGUAGAGCUCGGCAGUAGCCCACGCGAUUCCAAGGAUACACCGACGGCCGUACAAACCAUCACAAGGACCCUUGAAGAAUGGGAUAUCAGUGAUUUUGAAGGGGCUGAAUUACUAUCUGAAUCUGAGAUAAAGCUUUGUAAUGAGGUCAGAUUGCUACCGCCGCACUUCCUCCGCAUAAAGCAGACCAUGCAAUUAGGAAUUUCAAAGGGCAGUAUAACCAAGAAAUCUGAUGCAUAUCCACUGUUCAAGUUCUCUUCAAGCAAGAUUGAUAGGAUUUAUGAUAUGCUUAUGGAAAAAGGAGCUGGCCAAGCAUAAUGAUAUCCUCUAUGUUCUGUAAUGGUAAUAAGGACAUUCUUGUACAAUUUUAUUCAUCACCGGUUUUUUUUACUCUGUACAGAAAUCUUCCUUACUCGUACAGAAAUAAUACGAAAACAAAUAUAGUUAAUGCACACCUACUAGAUAAUAAGUAUGAGAGAACUUGUUUUAGGAGGAAGGAUUUUCUAUUUGUUUUUACUCUCUUCUCCCCCAUUAUAGACUUUGAUCAAGUGGAAAGAUUGAUUUUAUUUUCAGCACUCUGGGAUUAGAUCCAUAAUCAUGGUGAAUGGUGGCAAUUUUGUAAUGUGUCUUAAUCCUGUUGUCAAAUUCUUAUGCUAAAUUGAUUUUUUUUUCUUUUCUUUUUGUAAAUCAAGGUUUCUUCACUCAAGUAUC